AUGAUUUCAUUCAUUUUAUCAAUUAUUUUCCUUUUACUAUUAACAAUCACUACUACAACUACAAUAGUAAGAGCUGAAAUAUAUCCUGGAUAUCCAGUUAUACCAUCUUUACAUGAUGAUCAUGGAAAUGAUUUAGGUCCAAUAUUAAAGGAUAUAGAAAGAGAUUAUUUAGAUAUUUCACCACCUUUAUCUGAAGAAUUAGUCUUGGACCAAGAAUUUAAUUUUAAUGAGGAUAAUCAAAAUAAUAUACAAACUGAGCAAGAAAAAAAUAAUACACUAAACAAGAACAAUACUAGUACAAAUCAUAAUGCAACCAUCAUUAAUGGUACUAGUUCUAUUAAUUUAAAUCAUACCAAUAGUAGUAUUACAAAUAGUACCACUACCUCUAAUCAUUCAAAUCAAACCAAUCAUAAUAGUUCAACCACCGUCACCAACAGUACAAAGAAUACAACACCAACAAAUCCACCUGUAGAAGAUAGGGAAGGCCAAAGAACCAAAAAAGCAUUUACCGCUGUAAUGCAAAGGAUGGAAGAGGCCAACGAAGAAACUGGAGUAAAGAAAUAUUUAAAAGUGAUAGAUUGCCUAUUUAUCAUGGGAAAUGAGGCAUUAAAUUCUAUCAUGUUUAAAUGGUUUGGUUCUAAAUACUAG